UAUAAAUGGGAUGCGAAACAUUCCUUUUAGACUUGCAGAGACGUGUUGAAAACCUCCCUAUUCCUUUUUUCUUCAGGUUUCGUAAUCCAGUGGCGAUUGCUGCAAAACGAGCAGAGGAAAAUGACAGGUUCUGGAGAAAAAUUAACCAUCGUUCUGUUUGGAAAGAAAGGAGCUCCAAAGAGUUCAAUAGGAAAUCUAAUCCUACAGAAAACCGAUAGAGAUGGUUUUACCCAUGAUACGGAACUAUGUGAGCGGAGAGAGAAUCAAUUAUAUGCUGCAAUCAACACCCCAGACAUGUUUGGAGAAGGCAAUAAUUCAGACCAGCAAAUUAUCGACUGUAUGGCACUUUCAUACCCCGGCCUUCAUAUAUCCCUGCUUGUGAUUCAAGAUAGGCAUGAUACACCAGAGGAGGUUAAACAGCAAGUUGUUCACCUACAAGAUACCUUUGGAGAAAAUAUUACAGCAAACAUGAUAGUUAUGUUACCAUGCAGGGAUGAGAUCUUUGCACUGGAACGUAAUAUCAAUCAAAACAUAAAAUAUCCCCUGGAAGUCUUGAACAAUUAUAAUGAUCUGCACAAAAAGUUACCAAUGGACCGUAAGUUCUUCAAGUACACAUACGAAAACUACAGUGAAGGUGUUGUACUAAAAAGAAAGGAAACACUGUCGGAAAAGAGAAAGCCCCAAAGGAUGCCUAUUGACUAUGAUGGUCAUCCUGGAAAAGAGUUCAGAGGAACAAGAUUCAGAGACCAAUCAAAACCACAAGAUGAGAGGUCUAUUGACUAUGAUGGUCAUCCUGGAAAAGAGUUCAGAGGAACAAGAUUCAGGGACCAAUCAAAACCACAAGAUGAGAUGUUCAGUGAUCCUGGCAGAUCUCACGAUGGGCCGGCAAGCAGAUCUGGAAACUCAAAGACUGGUAAAAGAAACUAUGAAAGCGAUCCCAGCAACAUUUUGAACAUUGUGCUACUGGGACAGACAGGAACUGGAAAGAGCAGAAGUGGAAACACAAUCCUGAGGAAAAACAUUUUCCCAUCAAGUGCAAGCUCUGUAACAGUUACAAAAGAGUGUCAUGUAGAAAAUAUGAAGAUGGGAGGGACAGAGGUUAGGGUCAUUGAUACCCCAGAUUUCUUUGAUGAUUGUCUUAAACAACCAAGCAAACACAUUGCGGAUUGCAUAAAGUGGUGUCAGACAGGGUUGAGUGUGUACUUACUGGUGAUUCAGAUUGGCCGAUUCACAGAUGGUGAACGAGGGAUCUUGAAACAAUUGAAAGGUAUCUUCUCUGACAUGGAACGAUUUAAAGAGAGAACAUGUGUCCUCUUUACUAAUGGAGAGGACCUCAAACAUAUGAGCCUUGACACGUUCAUCAAUCAGGCUGACACUCACCUGAAAGAAAUAGUAAGUUGCUGUGGGAACAAACAUGUGUUCAAAAACACAAAGACAGACUACCAGCAGGUGAUUGAGCUGAUGGAGAAAAUAUACAAGUUACUGGGCAAUGAUCAAAUGUCUCGUGACUUUGAGGACUGGAAAACAAAACAUACAGAUGACAAGUGUACAGUGAGUUAACUUAGAUCCCAGGGACAAAACUGAAUUAAUGUCACCAAAUGAUUGUUUAAGUCACAUCAUUGUAACAUCAGAAGAAUCUAAGACCGUGAUGCAAAACAAUUGAUCUAAAAUGUUCUAAACUGAGAAUGAAUAUACAGGUGUAGGAUCUUAAUUUGACCACCCUUUUGCAGGAGAUCUUUCGUGUAAUGCAGGAACAUUUAAAAUGUGUAAUAUAUUUGAGGUUUUAAAAGUUUGUCAUUUCCACUUUUACAUUUCAGACUUGGUUUUCCCUUACGAAAAUGUAUCAACCCCUUCAACCAUGUCCAUUAAUUAUAAUCCACAUGAUAAUUUACAUUUCCUAUUGCUGCUGCGGCAAACACGCUCAAAUUAAGAUCCUACAUCUGUAUACUGUAUUUCAGCUGAAUGGCAUGAACUGUUUUAUUUCACUUUCCAGUUAUUAAGUAUGAGUGACUGCAUCUGUAGUGUAAUUUAAGAUUUCCUUUUGUUAACUUCUGUCAGUUAUGUAGAUUUAUGGAGACUUAUUUGACCCAAAAUGGUUAGAACAUUUUUGUGACUUGAUUCACUGUUGUUUUAAGAAUCUGUCAGAUCACAAACAACUUUGUUUUUAAAUUGAGCAACUUUGAGAUUCUGUGCAUAAUGAAAAGUGCCAUAUAAAAUGAAUCAAUUAUUAUUACUAUUAUUAUUAUAAUGUGGCUUAUUUCCUAAUGAUGAACCACAGGAAUGUAACUGCAUACAUUCAAACAAUAACUUACCUUCUGUGGAGUGAAUCAGAAAAAUAUGUUGUGUUUUCUAAUGACAAUGACUUUUCUUUUUGACUUACAUUAUGCUGUGUUGUUAGUCACACAGGAGUCAUCUUGAUUUGUUACAUAAGGAAAUUAAAUGUUGGACUUAACUGUAAAAAAAAAAAACGUCAUAAUUUACUGUGGUAAACCUUUGUAAAGUUGAGCAUACAAAUAAACUAUGGACAUGUAUACAAAUAAUUAUCCUGGUG